AUGGCUUUGACUACCUCAACCUCAACCUCAACUGAAAAGAAGAAGGUUUUGUUUAUAUUGGGUGCAACAGGAACUGGGAAGACUAAACUUUCCAUCAACUUAGGAACUCAAUUCCCAUCUGAGAUCAUCAAUUCAGACAAAAUUCAAGUCUAUAAUGGCCUUGACAUUGUCACCAAUAAGGUGCAGGAAUCUGAACGUUGUUCAAUUCCACAUCAUAUACUAGGCAUCAUCGAUGAUCCUGAAUAUGAUUUCACUAUGGAUGACUUUCGCAAGCACGUGCUUGAAGCUUUAGAUCUCAUAACUCAAAAUGAACACCUACCAAUUAUUGUAGGAGGGUCGAAUUCUUACCUUAAAAAACUACUCGAGGACCCAACUAAUGCAUUUCAUUCAAAAUAUGAUUGCUGUUUUAUUUGGCUCGAUGUGUCUUUACCUAUUUUGUUUCCAUAUUUGGACAAAAGAGUUGGUGAAAUGGUUGCGGCAGGGAUGGUAGAUGAGAUAAGAGACUUUUUUGUACCUGGAGCAGAUAAUACAAAAGGAAUAAGAAGGGCAAUUGGGGUUCCUGAGCUCGACUCUUAUUUUGAAAUGGAAAUGAAAAAAGGUAUAGAUGAUGUUGAAAAGGAAAAGAUAUUAAAGGAAUCGAUUAGAAAAACAAAACAAAACACCUUCAUAUUGGCUGAAAAUCAAGUGUCGAAGAUCCAAAAUAUGGCUGAUACGCUUGGAUUGAUGAUAAACAAAAUUAAUUCUACAGAAGUCUUUGAAGCCAUUUUAAGAGGUGAAGAUUAUCAAAAAUUGCAUCAAGAGAUUGUGAUUAAGCCAAGCAUGAAAAUAGUGAAGAGAUUCCUAGAGGAGACAAGCCAUGGAUUCAGAAAUGCAAAAUAUUCAAAUGGAAAUGGGAAACACACAACGAAUGGUGUUUGA